AUACGGGAGGCGGGCGGCUUCUCGCGCAGAGGCGGAGAAGGUGGUUUGAGCUGGGCGUUCCGCGGUGCCCGGCCUGUCGCGGAGACUCUCCGGGUAAUAUCUGGCUGUUACUUCAGGCUAACUUGAGUAGGAAAUCAGAGGGCCCCCUGCGCUGCUCUCCCCGCCGGGCCGGCGCCAUGGCGGAAGCCGCGGCGGGCGCCAGCGGAGAGGCGAUGGCGGCGAUGGGGGCGGCGGAAGGCUCCUCGGGCCCGCCGGGCUGGAGCCUGGGCCGCGGCUUCGCGAGCUACCGGCCCUUCGAGCCCCAGGCGUUGGGCCUCAGCCCGAGCUGGCGGCUGACCGGCUUUUCCGGCAUGAAAGGCUGAGGGUGCAAAGUCCCCCAGGAGACGCUGCUCAAGCUCCUGGCGGGACUGAUGGGGCCGCGCGUGCGGCCGCCGCUGGGCUCCGGCGCGCUCGGAGGCCCGGAAGAGGCGGCGCGGGACGCCGGCCCGGCCCCCGCCGCCCUGAGCAUCGGGAUGGACUCCUGCGUCAUCCCGCUGAGGCACGGCGGCCUCUCGCUGGUGCAGACCACCGACUUCUUCUACCCCCUGGUGGAGGACCCCUACAUGAUGGGGCGCAUCGCGUGCGCCAACGUGCUGAGCGACCUGUACGCCAUGGGCGUCACCGAGUGUGACAACAUGCUGAUGCUGCUCAGCGUCAGCCAGAACAUGAGCGAGGAGGAGCGGGAAAAGGUCACGCCGCUCAUGAUCAGAGGCUUCCGGGACGCCGCCGAGGAGGGGGGCACGGCCGUCACGGGCGGCCAGACCGUGGUGAACCCGUGGGUCAUCAUCGGGGGCGUCGCCACGGUGGUGUGUCAGCCCAACGAGUUCAUAAUGCCCGACAGCGCCGUUGUGGGGGACGUGCUCGUGUUAACCAAACCCUUAGGAACUCAGGUUGCGGUCAACGCCCACCAGUGGUUGGAUAAUCCCGAGAGGUGGGAUAAGAUAAGCAUGGUGGUCUCCAGGGAGGAGGUAGAGCUGGCCUACCAGGAGGCGAUGUUCAACAUGGCCACCCUGAACAGAACUGCGGCCGGCUUGAUGCACACGUUCAACGCCCACGCGGCUACAGACAUCACGGGCUUUGGCAUUUUAGGGCAUUCUCAGAACCUCGCCAAACAGCAGAGAAACGAGGUGUCGUUUGUCAUUCAUAAUCUGCCAAUCAUUGCCAAGAUGGCUGCUAUCAGCAAGGCCAGCGGGCGGUUUGGCCUCCUGCAAGGAACCUCCGCCGAGACCUCUGGCGGGUUACUGAUUUGUCUGCCGCGGGAACAGGCAGCCCGCUUUUGUUCCGAAAUCAAAUCUUCCAAGUACGGCGAGGGUCACCAAGCUUGGAUCGUGGGCAUCGUGGAGAAGGGAAACCGCACAGCCCGGAUCAUCGACAAGCCUCGAGUUAUAGAGGUUGUGCCUCGCGGGGCCGCUGCUCCUGCCCUCGCCGCUGAUAGUUCUGCCGCCGCCUGUGAGCACAGCUCGUGAACUGGAGCAGCAGAAGCUGUUGGGAACCUAGCGCCUUUGUACGCAAUCACGGACGAUUUCUCAAGAGUUGAUUUUAAGCAAUUUUCAGAGAAGGCUGCCUGCGUAGUAGUUCCAGCUGUCCUUUCUGGAGGAGUUAAAUGAGCCCAUCCAAAGCCGCCUGUGUGCACAUUCCAAGGCCAGAAGUAACAUUUUGAACUUCGGGGGAGGCGCGUUCAUCUCAUGGGGUGAAUGAUCGAGGAGCAGGAAAGUGUUUCCUCUUUCCAAAGCGAGAUGAGGCUAUUCCAAUUUGGGGGAUUUUCCUUUGCACUGGAUUGGUUCGUUUCUGCACAGGGAGUGAGAUUAUUAAAAUUACAUAUGCAAGAAGUAAAUUGAAAAAUGAAAAAAACAUUAGAAGCAAAUAAGUUUGGACCAAUAUUGUUGAUAAAUUGGAAUUGUUUUUAAGAGAGAUUUUAUGAUGUAAUGCCAAAUUCUUUGUUAGGUUUUUCGGAGGAAUUGGCCCUUUCCUGCUCUGGACAAGAAUUGAGCAGCUUGUCCAGUGACUGGGAAGAGAGGACCUGCGGCCAUCUGACCUGGUCUCUGUUCAUGAUGUCUCUCCCUCCAACCCUUUUCAGGAUUGGGUGAGACAGAACAAGCUCCAGAGCCCAGGCUUUGGUGGUUAUUAAGAUGUCUUGUGCUGAAAAAUUCCUGCUGAUUUAAUUAAAUUAAAGAAUGAUUUUUAGGUAAAUAAAAAAGACUUUGUUGGAAAGCU